AUGUCAGCCCCUAUAUCGAAAAAGAGAAAGUUUAUUAACGAUGGUGUGUUUCAAGCAGAGUUAAAUGAAUUUUUGGCUCGAAUUUUAGCCGAGGAUGGAUACUCAGGUGUAGAAGUUAGGGUUACUCCUAUAAGGACCGAAGUCAUAAUUAGGGCCACUCGUACGAGAGAAGUGUUAGGAGAUAAGGGAAGGAGAAUACGUGAACUGACAUCCCUAGUUCAGAAAAGAUUCUUUAAUAAAUCAACAAAUAGUGUUGAAUUGUUUGCUGAGAGAGUAGAACAUAGAGGACUUUGUGCAAUGGCACAAGCAGAAUCACUUAGAUAUAAGUUACUAAAAGGUUUAGCAGUAAGACGAGCAUGUUAUGGUGUCCUGAGACAUAUUAUGGAAUCAGGUGCAAAAGGAUGUGAAGUUAUAGUUUCGGGAAAAUUAAGAGCCCAAAGAGCUAAAAGUAUGAAAUUUAGAGAUGGUUAUUUAAUCUCUACUGGAGAACCAUCCAAGCGAUUUGUUAACACGGCUACCAGAUCAGCACAACUAAAACAAGGUGUUUUAGGUAUAAAAGUUAAGAUUAUGUUACCCACAGCCAUUGAUUCUAAAACUGGAUUGCCAUCCAUUUUGCCUGACAACAUUUCCGUUUUAGAACCCAAAACAGAUACUACAGAUGCAUUAUAA